AUGAGAAUUUAUAGUUGUCAUUUCUGCUCAUCACCUGUCUAUCCUGGACAUGGAAUAAUGUUUGUGCGUAAUGAUGCUAAGGAGUUUCGGUUUUGUCGUUCGAAGUGCCACAAGUUGUUCAAGCAACGUCGAAAUCCAAGAAAACUCAAAUGGACCAAAGCCUUUAGAAAAGCUGCUGGUAAAGAAUUGGCGGUGGACUCUACUCUCACAUUUGCAACAAAAAGGAAUAUUCCAGUUAGAUACAAUAGGGAAUUGGUCGCAACAACGCUGAAGGCAAUGGCUAGGAUUGAACAGAUCAGACAGAAAAGAGAACGAGCAUUCUACAAGAACAGAAUGAAAGGAAACAAAGACAAAGAGUUAUCACUGGAUAGGAAACUUGUAGAGAAUAAUGCGGUACUUCUUAGAAUGAGAGAAGUUGAACUUCGUACGAAGGAGGAAAAGCGUGUCCAAAAACUGCAAAAGGCGCAGAAUGCACAAGAUGAAAUGGACAUCUCUACGGACUCUGAAGCGGAAUUUAGUGAGCAAGAGGAGUCAAGUGAAGAGGAGGGAGCUCAAAAAAUAGUCUUGACCAACAAGAAAAAGCUCAGACAAAAGGCAUGA